AUGCCGCCAACCUCUAUCGUCACGUACCGCAACCCUAUCAUACCCGGCUUCAACCCGGACCCAUCGAUCAUUCGAGUCGGGUCCGACUACUUUCUGGCAACAUCUACUUUCGAAUAUUACCCCGGUGUGCCGAUAUAUCACUCGAAGGAUCUAGUCAAUUGGGCGUUGAUCGGGCAUGCCCUGACGCGUCCUUCACAGUUGGAUAUGAGGACUGUCGAGCCGGGCGGCGGAGUCUGGGCGCCGACGCUGCGUUUUCAUAACGGACGAUUCUAUAUGACGACUGCGGCGGUACAUCACCUCUCUUGGGGAGAUCACGGUGGACAUGUCGAACCACGCGGAUUCUACGUCUGGACCGAGAACAUCUUUGACGAAAGUUCUUGGAGUGAUCCGAUCUACUUUGACAACAUCGGAUUCGAUCAAGACCUGUUCUUCGACGACGAUGGAAAAGUCUAUAUAUCCACCUCCCUGAGGACACCCCGUGGAGAAAGAAGACCCACAAAGUUGGACUGCAUCGCCGUCUUCGGGAACGAGAUCGAUAUCACCACGGGUCGUAACCUCUCUCGGCCCGUCCUGUUGCGCAAACCAUCGACGACCAACGUAUCCGAAGGUUCUCAUAUCGUCAAGAAAGACGGCAUGUACUACCUGCUUACUGCCGAUGGCGGGACGGGGGACUUGCAUCAAGUCUGGGUCUCUCGAAGUACUUCUCCAAUGGGUCCUUAUGAGGCGGGUCCGGAUUGCCCGAUCGUCUUUAACGAUCAAGACUCGCUGGUUCGCACGACGGGACAUAUGGAUGUCGUACAAGAUGAAUCAGGCGGAUGGUGGGCAGUCUUGUUGGCCGCACGACCUCAGACCGACUCGAAGGGUGUCUUGAUGGAAAGUCAUCUUGGAAGGGAGACUUUUUUGGUCCCGAUGGUCUGGCCGGAAGGAGGCUGGCCUGUGGUGAACGAUCGCAAGAUCGUUUCUACCGUUGGAUCGGUUGUUAGUGGUUCGAUCGCAAAGCAAGACCCAAUUCGACCUUGGCGAGACGGUUUCGAUCAAGAUACCCUCUCGCUGGGAUGGUAUCACCUUCGUACACCCAUCAAGCAAGACUGGGAUCUCAAAUCCCGGCGCCUUACCCUGUACGGCAACCCUUAUACUAUCGAUCAACAAGAAUGCCCAGCCGCCCUCUUCCGCAAACAAACAGCCUUCACGGGGACCUGGACUACGGAAAUCGAUUUCGACCCCGAUCAUCCAGGCGAGGAGGCUGGAACGACCGUUUAUUGGAGCAAGUAUGCGUUCAUGGCGGCAGGAUUGAGAAAAUCGGAGGAAGGAGAUGGUAGAUACGCUUUUCUGCGGUGGUACGACCCCGAUACCGGGGAACAUCAAGAAAAACGUCGAAAUCUAGAUGAGACGGAUUCGAAACCGAUCCAAUUCAAGAUCGAAGCCCGUCCCCAGACCUAUACAUUCUCCUUCAACACGAUGGCUCCAGACGCACCAUGGAUCGAUCUAGGAGAGCUAUCCACUCGAGUUCUCGUAGAUCAGAAAACACGUGAUGCCAUUUUCACAGGCACUCAUUUCGGACUUUACGCGCAGGGGCAUGAGGGGACUUCGUGCUCACAGCCUGCUUCGUUCAGUUUUGCCUGUUUUACACCUGAUAUAGAGCAGGCGGAUUAGUUUAGCAAGGCAAAACUCCUAUAUCUGUAUCGG